UUAUUUUCCACAAAAAAUGAAAUGAAAACCAGUUGAUCAUCAGUUUGAGAAUGGCAGAGGCGUCAAACGAAGAAGAAAAUUAUAUUCUCCAUGUUGUUGUUGUUGGAUUUCAUCAUAAAAAGGGAUGUCAGGUUGAAUAUUCUUACCCACCUUUGAUAGAAGGAAAUACAGUUGAAAGCCAUGAAAUUCCUAAAGAAUGGAAACAUCUCCCAUCAUUAGCCUUACCAGAUGGGGCUCAUAAUUAUGUCAAAGAUACUGUGUAUUUCCACCUACCAGGCAGGAAAGAGAGUCGGAAGACAGUUUAUGGUGUUUCAUGCUACAGACAAAUGGAUGCUAAGGACUUGAAGAAUAGAGGAGCUGAUGUUACUAGAAGUACUGUACAGAAAAGUGUCUGUGUUUUAAGUAGAUUGCCAUUGUAUGGGUUAAUUAAAGCAAAGUUAGAAUUGAUAACCCAUGCCUAUUUUGAUGAAUGUGAUUUUAGUAAAGUUGAAUUGUUAGAACAGACUUAUAACAAUAUGAAAACUUGUAUAUCUAGUAGUAUGGUAGAUGGGUCAAGUUUAUUCCUUGGUCUGUCAUCAAGAGAUGUUGUGUUAUUGUUUAAGCAUAAAAUUGUUUUGUUAUUUAAACUCAUUUUACUAGAGAGAAGAGUGUUGUUAUAUGGGUUACCAGUAGAAAGUUUAGGUGGUUUACUUCUAUCUAUUCUCUCACUAUACCCAGGUAUGUUAGAGCAUGGUUUAGAUGAAGCUGUUAGUAAAUCAAGUCAGAAAGUUUCAUCCUCUGAUGUUAAUAUAACUGGUAGUGAUAUGGAUUCUUCUGAUGGUUAUUUAGAAAUAAGUUAUACCAACAAGGGAAACGACUCUCUUAAUUCUCUCAAUAAUGCAAAAGAUUCCAAGUCAAAUGAUGAACCUAAAACUACUGUUGAUAAUUCUCCCAUAGCGGGAGAAUCUUCAGGAAGUGAAUCACUGUCAUCUAGUCGUCCAAAUAGUCCUGGACCAGAGUUAAAACAAGAUGGCUAUGGAUUUCCUCUUGCUAUUUUUACAAGGGGUACAGUUUGUCAUCCAUAUUUAAGCUUACAGUACCAUGAUAUAUUGCAUGAUAUAACUAUUCGAGGUUUCCUUAUUGGUGCUACUAAUAUAUUAUUUAAACAGCGUAGAAAUCUUCUAGAUGCUAUUAUUGAGGUAAAUGAAGGUAAAAUAGAAAUACAAGAUAAAGAAUUACAGAAACACCUUCACCUAACAACGGCAGAUUUGAGAUUUGGUGAAUAUAUAGUGAAAGCUGUGACGGAGGAUUCUGAUAAAGAUAAUAGUUUUGAUAAUACAGAAUGGGAAGGAGGAGAUGAAUGGAUUCGUGGUCAAUUUCGACUUUAUAUACUAUCAAUGUUAGCUACAUUAUUACAAGAUGAUAAUAAGUUAUUAGAAGAUUUUGGUACAGUAUUUAUAACUGCCUGGAAGACAACUAAUAACUACAGAUACUGGAAUUCAACACAACAUCCUUUAUUAUCUGAUAUACCAGUAGGGCAUCCAUUUCAAGGUCAUAUGAAUAUGAAUGAUAUUAAAGUUCGGUUAGCUCAUACUAUGCAAAGUACUGAUAGAGGGAAGAAAAUCAAUGCAGCUGUUGUACAGACAGGAAAAUAUGUUGUAGAAACUGGUAAAGCUGUUGGUGGGGCAUUGAAUAAUGCCAAGUCAGCUGUAUCAUCAUGGUUUAGUAGUUGGAGAACAACAUCUAAUGACAAAACACCUUCUAACUCAACAGAUAAUUUACAAUCCUUGGCUUCAGAUAAUACAGUCAACGAAGUUAAUACUAACACAUAG